AUGUCGGAAUUUGCCAAAUUUAAAAAAGCAGACUUGAGUCAAGUAUUGAAGAAACUUGGUGUUCGUACCACCGCCAAGGAUGUCAAGAAAGUAUUAGUUGAAAAAUUAGAUGCUUAUCUUGGUCAACAUCCCAAAGACGUAAGCCAAGUGAGAAAGAUUCUUGAGGAAACUGGUGCUAACGAAGGUGAUGAAGAGGAAAUUACCGUUGUUGAAAUUGGUGAGAAUGAUGAUGAUGACGAUUCCGACGAUGAUGAUGAUGAUGAUGAUUCGGAAGAAGGGUCUGAAGAUGAUGAUGCCGAAGAGGAGGAAGAGGAGGAGAUUUUAGAAGCUGCUUUGGUUGAAGAAAGUGAAGAGGACGACAAGGACUACCAAGCCCCACCACCAUUGAAUUUGAAAGAAUUCGUAUUGGACCCAAUAAUCGCCACUAGUGAGAAUGCCAUUGAUAAAUUCUAUGAAUUUACUGAUUGCGUAGGAAUCACAUAUUUGGAACAUACUGAAAAAUUAAGGGAUCAAUUGAGUUCAACAAUUACUUUAAAUUUUUUGGAAUUGAUUUUAGAAUUUGCUGUAUUUUUAUACAAUUUCACCACUGUUGUUCCCUUGAAUGAAAAUAAAUUGAUUCAUCAGUUUUUCCAUGAUAAUAUUCCAUUUUUAGCUACUUCAAAAUUACCUUCAAUUGAAUUUAUUCAAUUGUUUGAUUUUAAAGCUGUGGCUACUUUUGCAACUUGGAUUGUUUUUGCCAUUGUUUCACCAUCCAUCAUUGCCUAUUUUGUCAAUUUCACUUCUAGAGUCAUUGAAAUUGAUGAUGAUGAAUAUUUAUUAAGAAUCUAUUCUUUUGAUCCAUUUAUUUUUGCUGUGGCUAAAAUCUUGAUUUAUUACUUUGUCGGUCAAAGUAGUUUGAUUCAAUUUGCUACUGCGGAUUGUUGGGUUAGUGCUUUGAAGAAUAGGCUUUUGUUACAUUUGGGAUUGUAUCAUACUUUUGCUGCUACAUUGGGUACUUUGCCUUACGUUUUGGGAGGAGUAAAUGUUUUGAUUGCAUUGUAUUCUCAAUUUGAAGAAUAUUAA